CCUUCUCAUCAUUCCAAACAACAAAAUGGUGAACUUGGUUGAAGCUGAGAAAUCAAUAGUCCAAGGCUUAGUAAAACUUGCCGAACUCCGGCGAACCACCAUCGAAAUAGACGCCGACCACCGCACCAUUAUGAGCAUUUGGGCACCCAAAGCUUAUCAAAACGUCAACAACAACAAGAAAACCAAGAACAAAAAGAAGAAGAAAAAUAAGCCUGCAGUUGUUCUCGUGCAUGGCUUCGCAGCCGAUGGAAUAGUUACGUGGCAAUUCCAAGUCGCAGCACUGACGAAAAAGUACGACAUUUUCGUGCCGGACUUGUUGUACUUCCGCGGCUCCAAAAGCUCCAGCAGUGAGUGGUCGCCGGAAUUCCAGGCUCGGUGUUUGGCUUCGGCUCUGGCUCGGCUCGGCGUGGCGGGCUGCGCCGUAGUUGGGUUCAGUUAUGGUGGGAUGGUGGCGUUUAAGUUGGCUGAGAUGUGGCCGGAGCUGGUUAGCCAUCUUGUUGUGUCUGGGGCAACAAUUGCCUUCACUGAUUCAAUUAAUGAAGCCAUGCUCGGACGGCUUGGCUUCGCUUCGUUGGCUGAGUUCUUGUUGCCUGAGUCCGUUGAAGGGGUUAAAGAUCUUUUCACUGUUGCUACUUAUAAAAAGCUUUGGCUUCCUCGCUGUCUUUAUCGUCAUUAUCUUCAGAUUAUGUUUGGAAAUAGGAAGGAGAGAGCAGAGUUGUUGGAGGGAUUGGUGAUGAGGAACAAGGAUGCAGCAGUUCCUGCAGUAUUGCCAAUGAGGAUACUCUUGCUGUGGGGUGAGAAUGACAACAUAUGCAACAUAGAAAUGGCUAAUAACUUGAAAGAGCAAUUGGGUGAUAAGGCAACACUUCAAGUUAUCAAGAAAGCAGGCCACCUUGUUCACCUUGAAAGACCUUGCGCCUACAAUCGCCAUCUCAAGGAAUUCCUUGAACAAUUUGUCAUAGACAAUACAAUUAAUAAGUGAUCUAAAUGAUCGAAUUCACUAUUGUUGCUUCCUUG